AUGGAAGAUCGUUUACAAGAAUUAAGAAUAGCUGGUGGUCUUAAACCUCUAGUUGAUAAAAAGAAUGGUAAAAAAGGUUCAAUGGUUGAAAUAUCUUUAGAAACACCAUCAAGUUCAAAAAUAUAUGAUUAUAAUGAAAAUAAAAAUGGUGAUAUUGAAUUAGAAAUAAAUGAUCAUCCAGAUCCGGUUGAAGAAUUUAUGCCAGAAUUUUAUCAAGAAGUUGGUUUAAUAAAAUCAUUAAUGACAUCAGUUAAAAAGAAUAUAAGAGCAAUCGAAGAUAAAUAUAUAUUAUCAUUAAAUUCAAUUAGUAUUGAAUCACAAAAUCAAAAAUAUGAGGAUGAUAUACAAUUAAUACUAGAAGUUACAAAUAGUUCAUUAUCUGAAUUAAAGAAUAAAUUGGAUACAAUGAAAAUAAGUAAUGAAAAAUAUUCAUAUUCAAAAUCAUCAACACCCACAGAAGUUCGUAUUAGAAAUAGUAUGUUAAAUACACUAACUCAAAAAUUCAUUGAAAUGAUGAGAGAGUAUCAAGAGAUUCAAAACAACUAUAAAAAUAAAUAUAAAGAAAAAAUCGAAAGACAAUAUAAAAUCGUUAAACCAGAAGCAACCUCUCAAGAAAUUAACGAUGCAAUUCAAUCAGGUGACUCUAAAAAGAUUUUCGAAGAGACUAUUCUCCAUACACAUUUACAUACUCAUGCUUUGAAUGCUUUAGAUUAUAUUCAAGAAAGACAUAACGAUAUUAUUAAAUUGGAACAAAGUAUUAAAGAAUUACAUCAAUUAUUUUUAGAUAUGGCUGUUUUGGUUCAUAAUCAAGGUGAGUUGUUAAAUGUUAUUGAAGAUAAUAUUAAUUCUGCUGUAUCCGAUACAAGAGAGGGUACACAAAAUUUACAAGAAGCUAAUAAGCUUCAUAAAAAAUCAAGAAAGAAAAUGUAUAUUCUUUUAAUUAUAGUUUCAAUUGUUUUGGUAAUAAUUUUAGUUCCAAUUUUAAGUACUCAAAUUAAUAAAUAA